AAGUGACUCUCAAUCUUUAUUUGCAGAGGAGCGCUCGUCCCGUUAUUCUCUGUAAUUAUUUUUAUCAAUAAUUAUUUUGUGUUUUUCGAAUAAACAAAUAGCUGAUUUCGGCGAAAUAGGCAAAGCCCAGAGUGGCAUUGCCUGCCAAUCUGUAGAAAUGUCAUAAAUAUGGUGUAAAAGGAAGAAGCGAGUUAUCCAGUCGGUGGGCGAUUUUUUUCUCCAUCAUUAAUAAUCACCGGGAGGAAUUUCUCUGUUUUAUCAAACGCAAGUAUGUCAGGAAAACAUUUCAACGUGCACGAAGUGGGCUGUUGCAUCAAAUACUUUAUAUUUGGAUUUAAUAUUAUAUUUUGGCUGCUGGGGGUGGCGUUCCUGUCCGUGGCUCUGUGGGCCUGGAGCGAGAAGGGGGUUCUCUCCAACAUAUCCUCCAUCACAGAUCUGGGCGGGUUUGACCCAGUGUGGCUGUUUCUUGUGGUGGGUGGAGUGAUGUUCGUGCUCGGCUUCGCAGGAUGCAUCGGUGCUCUGAGGGAAAACUCCUUUCUACUUAAGUUUUUUUCCGUUUUUCUGGGAAUCAUAUUUUUCCUGGAGUUGACCGCGGGAGUCUUGGCGUUUGUCUUUAAGGACUGGAUUAAAGACCAGCUCAAGUUCUUCAUCAACAACAAUAUUAGAGCAUACAGAGAUGACAUUGACCUACAGAAUCUCAUCGACUUCACACAAGAUUAUUGGGAGUGUUGCGGAGCUUUUGGUCCUGAAGACUGGAAUCUGAACAUUUACUUUAAUUGUACUGACACUAAUCUGAGCAGAGAGAAAUGUGGGGUUCCCUUUUCCUGCUGCACCAAGGACCCAGCUGAGGAUGUGAUAAACACACAGUGUGGAUAUGACAUUAGAGCGAAAGAUGACAACGAACAGAAGACGUUUAUACACACAAAAGGAUGUGUACCACAGUUUGAGAAAUGGUUACAGGAGAAUUUAACCGUAGUUGCCGGAAUCUUCAUAGGAAUUGCACUUCUGCAGAUAUUUGGGAUCUGUCUGGCACAGAAUCUUCUGAGUGACAUUGAGGCGGUCAGGGAGAGCUGUUUGUUCACCUGAAGCACUCGAGUCGUUCUGCAGACAGAUCCUCCAUUUCUCUGUCAGUCAGCAACAGGGUUGGCACAUUGUCAUCACAGUAUCCUAGCAACCAGUGAGGGAUUCCAUUCACAUACCUCCUUUAUAUUUCAAUGUACAGCGAACAUCUUCAUGUUUUGCUUUGAUUUGCUUUUAAUCCGUCAAGUACAGAAUUCAACAGUAUUAACACACAACUCAAUUGUCGUCUUUAGGAAAUACUUAAAGGAAUAGUUCACCCAUAACUGAAAAUUUGCUCACUGUCAGGCAAUGGUUCCUCUGCAGUGAAUGGGUGACGUCAGAAUAAAGGCCAUUGCACACUGUCCGAAAUUUCCGUCUGAAAUUUUCACACGAUAAAAAAUAAAUACCACCUCACGUUGUGUCAAUCACGUUCACACACUGCCUCUGAAACUUUCGUCCGUCAUAAUUUUUUUUGGAUCAGGUUCGAUUUUCUGCGUUUUUGCAUCCGUAGCAUGCAUUUUGAUAUGAAAGGAUGACGAAUACAAAAAAUAAAUAAAUGGAAAAACACAUGCGAAAAUUUCAUCAAUGACCUUAAGAGUCCAAACAGCUGAAAAAAAAAAUAAACGCAUCAUCAUAAUCCACAAGUAAUCAACACAACUCCAGACCAUCAAUUAACAUCUUGUGAAGUAAAAAGCUGCAUGUUUGUAAGAAAAAAAAAUCCAUCAAGGCAUUUUAACUUUUAACCGUCGCUUCUGGACAAAAUACCAUUGUCCAUAAUAACACUUCACAAGACAUUAAUUGAUGGAGUCAUGUGGAUUAAUUGUGAUGUUUUUAUCAGCUGUUUGAACUCUCAUUCUGACGGCACCCAUUCGCUAUCCAUUUCAGCACAUUUUCAUUUUUGGGUGAACUAUUCCUUUAAGGCCACUUGCAUUCUUUUGACUGCUGGUUUAUGUACAGUAUAUAUCCUUCAGAUGUAUAUUUGACACUGAGCAUUGCAUUUCGCAAUUUAAAAUUAAUGCAACUAAGAACGUACAUACUUUAUGAUCACGGUAUAAUUGAUCAGUUGGGAAGAAGAUGCAAUGAUUCCGUUAAUGAGUUGUUUCCAUGUUUAGGCAAAUGCUAGUAAGCUCAGUGUUUAUAGGUUAUGAUUAGUUCUGAAUGAGUCAGUGCACUUUUUUCUGCAUUUUUUCUGCAGUUUGUAGGGAGAAAAUAAAAAAUCUGCGUAACUGUGCAGAAUGGAUAUUUAAAUGAAAAAAUGUCUUUGUCAAUGCUAAGAGUACUAUAGUUCAAUUGGUAGCUAAAUACAUGAUCAAAUUAGGCUAAGUAUUUGUUACUUGAGGGGGAUGUGUAGAAUUGUGCGAAUGACUAGCAUUCUGUGGAGAUCAGAUUCUGUGCAGACCCAGAGAGUAGCCUGCAGAUUGUGUUCAAUGAAGAGUUAUGGUCUACUUCACACUACACGAGUGUUUGACUCACAUUAUGACUUUCAAAUGUACAUAAUCCAUUGAGCCUAUUUGUUUAUUUUGUUCACAUUGUCAGAUUGUGUGUAUAUUACCUGUUUAAUGGAUUUUAUAAAAACACAGUUGCUUUUGAAACUAAGGGAAAAUGGACUGCAUGCUUACUGGAAUAACACUACAUUUUCCCAGUGUGUUCAGCUAUAUGAAGAUAUUUUUGUGAAUCGCUAUGUUUAUCUGUUCUGGAUUUUCACAUUAUAGCCACUGUGUAAGUAAUGGUGUCACUAGAAUGUUUUAAAAAAACUUAGCACCGAGAUUUUGCCAGAUUUCAGACUGAUUCAUACUCAGAUUCUAGUGAGGUUAGAAAGAAAAAAACUAACAAACUGGGUAUAUGGGCGAAUUUCAUGUCAAAUAACAUGUAUAGGUCACAUUUCAUCCCCCAACAAAGGUGAAAAAGUAGAAAAAUUAUAUUUUUCAUGAAGAAAAAUAAGCCUUUUUGACAUUUUUAUGGCAUUUAAGCACGUUUCCCCUUCUAAUUCUCUAAUGGCAACGAUAGCUGUAUUUUUUAUUAUUAUUUAAAUAAUUUAAUACAAAAUGUAUGUGGGAGUAUUUGUUUUCUUUCAUUUCUGAGAAUUUUAAUUUUAAUGAUUCCAGACAGUAUCAUUUUCAGUACAAUGAGAUUCCUUGGGAAGUAUGUGAAUUCCAAAAAACUAAUGGUACACAAAAUGCUUCAUUUAAUUAUUAUUAUUAUUAUUAUAGAAUUUAAAGAAAUUAGAGAAUUAAAUGAUAAAACAUACACCUUCAAUUUAAUUCACAGUUGAUUUUGAUGAAAGCAUCUGCCAAAUGCAAAAAUAUAAAAAGGACUAUAAUUGUUAUGAGGACAUAUUAUGAGAUUCACCCAUAUAUAUUGAAUCAUGAAAUAUUUCUGAAAUCAGUGUCUUUGCCAGAAAGAUGGUGAGAAUGUUUUGCUUUGAUUGUGAAAUGAAUCUGCAGCCUGUUAGAUAGUGGUUUUGUGACUUUUGUAAAAACAGGGUUUGUGAGAUUAUUUGAAACACAAGCUGAUUUAAUGAAUCCCUAUGGUUUGUUGAUGCCUUUUCACUUUACACUUUCCUGAUGUGUGUAACCUUAUUAUAUCAUUUAAAUGUUUGUUUUAUUAAAGUUUUGGACAGUCCUGGUAAAAGGUAAAAAAACUGCAUUUAAACUGGCUUCCAGUGCUUUUGCAGUAUGUGCACAGUGAAACUGGAGAACAGGGGCGUUUUAGUA